AUGUCUGGCUUGAGGAUUUUGGUGCCCGUCAAGCGGGUCAUUGACUACGCGGUCAAACCCCGUGUCAACCGCGCCCAAACCGCCGUCGAAACCGCGAACGUCAAGCACUCAAUGAACCCCUUCGACGAGCUCUCCAUCGAGGAAGCCGUGCGUCUGCGCGAGAAGAAAACGACCCCCGUCGAGGAAAUCGUCGCCUUCAGCGCCGGGCCCCCCAAAGCCCAGGACAUCCUGCGCACCGCCAUGGCCAUGGGCGCCGACCGGGGCAUCCACGUCGUAGUCGAGGAGAAGGACAGCCUGGAGCCGCUGGGUGUAGCGAAGCUGCUGCGCAAGGUGGUCGAGGAGCAGAAGAGCAAUCUUGUGAUUCUGGGCAAGCAGAGCAUCGACGACGACGCGGCGCAGACGGGGCAGAUGCUUGCGGGGCUGCUGAACUGGCCCCAGGCUACGCAGGCUAGCAAGGUCACCAUCGAGGACCAGAGUGUCACCGUUGUGAGGGAGGUGGAUGGCGGUGUGGAGACGCUCAAGGCGAAACUCCCCAUGAUUAUCACGACCGAUUUGAGGCUCAACGAGCCGAGGUACGCGAGUCUGCCUAACAUCAUGAAGGCGAAGAAGAAGAAGCUGGACAAGAAGACGCUGGGUGAUUACGGGCUGGAUAGCGAAGUCAGGUUGAAGACGAUCAAGGUCACGGAGCCGCCGACAAGACAGGCGGGUGUCAAGGUCGACGAUGUAGAUGGCAUGAUUUCGAAGCUGAAGGAGCUUGGCGCUUUGUAG